CCUCGCUUAUGAAUUAUGGGAAAUGUAGUUUACGUCAGCAUCGUGUGUUGCGUCGUCCCAAAGCGAGCGGGUCCCUUCAAAACCUACAAGUCCCAUGCAUCUUUGCGGUUAAAGGAAGGCCGAAACGCGUUAACCGCCAAUAGAAAUCGGUCGGGGCGGAUCCACAGUGGGAGGUUUGUGUAUCCUUCAGUCCGUUUCAGAAGCGGAGAGGAUUAUCGCCGAAAACGAGUGCGAUUGCGGAGCGAUUUCGUCGGAUUCGCAUCCCGACACCUUCCCUUACAUUUUCGGACGACGUUUCCAACGCCGAUCGUCGAUGGUUUCCCGCGAUUCUCCAAUGGAUUACUAAUUCGCCGCAAGAACAUCGCUAUCUGUCGGAUAUAUCAGACGCUGGAGGAGCCCCCUUACCUGACCGUUGGCACUGACGUGAGCGCCAAGUACAGAGGGGCGUUCUGUGAGGCCAAGAUCAAGACCGCCAAGAGACUCGUCAAAGCAAAGGUCACCUUCAAACCCGACUCGUCCACUGCGGAGGUGCACGACGAACACAUCAGAGGAGUGCUGAAGGUGGGCGCUGUGGUGGAGGCCAGAAACCAAGAUGGGAUUUAUCAGGAGGCCACCAUCAACAAACUCACGGACGCUAGUUUGUACACCGUCGUGUUUGAUGACGGUGAUGAGAAGACCCUCAGGCGCUCGUCUCUUUGCCUGAAAGGAGCGCGACACUUCGCCGAGAGUGAGACGCUCGACAGGCUUCCUCUGACGAACCCCGAACACUUCGGCACUCCUGUCAUCGGCAAGAAAGGAAACCGCGGAGGCCGGCGCUCCAAUCCCAUUCAAGAAGAAGAGUCGUCUUCAUCGUCUAGUGAGGAAGAGGAGGGCGACCAGCAGCAAAACGAAGAGCUUCACGGCAAAGUGGUGUGUGUGGACGGAGUGGUCUCCAGUGACAAGAAGAAGAGCACAUGGUAUCCUGCGCUGGUCAUCUCUCCAGACUGUCAUGAAGAUGUGACGCUGAAGAAAGACAACGUUUUUGUUCGCUCCUUCAAAGACGGCAAAUUCUACACAGUUUUGCGGAAAGACGUUCGAGAGCUGGACGAAGAGAAGGCUCCUAAAGCGGACGCAGGACUCAAACCAGCAUUAGAUGCAGCCUGGGAUUUCCAGCGUAACGGCACUGUGCCCAACACGUGGAGGACGGAGGUGAAGGAUGACAGCUCCAGCAGUGAGGAGGAGGAUGAGGAGGAGGAGGAGGAGCAGGAGGAAGAGGCCAGCAGCGAGGAGGAAGAGGAGGAAGUAGAGCCGUUCCCAGAAGAGAGGGACAACUUCCUGCAGCAGCUGUACAAGUUCAUGGAGGAUAGAGGAACUCCUAUCAAUAAGCGUCCGGUGCUGGGCUACAGGAAUCUCAAUCUGUUUAAACUCUACAGACUGGUGCAUAAGCUGGGAGGAUUUGACAACAUCGAGAGCGGAUCAGUCUGGAAGCAGGUGUAUCAGGAUCUGGGCAUCCCCGUGCUCAACUCUGCAGCCGGGUACAACGUCAAGUGUGCCUACAGAAAGUAUCUGUAUGGCUUUGAGGACUACUGCUCCUCCACGGGAAUCACCUUCCGCAUGGAUCUGCCGCAUAAGACGGCGGAGAGGACGAGCUCAAAGAGCGAGGUGAACGCGGAGGAAACGGCCAGCAGUGGAAACGCUGUCUCUUUAAGCACACCCAGCGCAGGAGAUGAACAGAAAGCCCUCAAAGAAGCAGAGAGCUCCAGCACACAGCAUGUGCUCGAGGAGGAGAAGGAAGAAUCCACGGCACGGUGCGAAGAGAAAACGGACAUCAGCGGCGUGAAUGAAGUGGAUGAUAACCACGUUGAUGAAGAGGAGAGCGAUACGAAAGAGGAGGUCCGAGAGAGCGUCCCGACAGAGCAGAGUCCCGUCACUGAGAGCGUGAAGGAGGAACCGUGUGAGGAGCACGACAACAAAGAUCUGUCAGGGGAUGUCAGCAGUCAGGAGUGGGAGGAAGGGGAGGAGUUUGAGUGUUACCCUCCUGGGAUGAAGGUGCAGGUGAGGUAUGGGCGAGGCCGCAAUCAGAAGACGUACGAAGCCACUGUGAAAGAGUCAGACCUGGAGGGGGGAGAGGUGCUCUACCUGGUGCACUACUGUGGCUGGAACGUCAGGUAUGAUGAGUGGAUCAAAGCCGAUAAGAUUGUCAGGCCCGCCAAUAAGAAUGUCCCUAAAAUAAAGCACCGCAAAAAAAUAAAGAAUAAAGCUGAACGAGAGAGAGACCGAAUAGAGACAGACGGAGACGAUCUUCCUUCCUCCAAGAAUCGCAUCAACCGAUUGUCCAAACCGAACUCUGGCAGCGAUGCCUUCUCCACGAUGGAGGAGUAUGGCGAUAAAGGCGGCCAGCAGAUGCCCAUCAAACCCAUUGAGAUCACAUCCAUUCUCAACGGCCUCCCAGGCUCUGAAAGCUCCACAGACGACAGCGAGCGAGAAGACGACGGAGACGCCGAUCACGACGAAGAGGAUCAUCCAGGAGCUCGAGCAAGCCUUCGGAAAGCAGAGCACUGGGAGACGCCGUCCGAUGCCUUCAAAGCCCCCGCGGUCGCUCACGAGGAGCCGAGCGUCCAGGACGGCCCCGAAACGGCAAAGCGAAAGGGCCAGAUUGAGCUGGAGCUCGAAGCUUCUGGCGGCAGGAGAAAAAAGACUGAAGGCGAACGUGCUUUAAAAAGCCCGGCGAAAGGCAAAACUAGAAGCAGCAGAGCAGGCGAUUGGCUGCCGGGUAGUUCGCCCAAAAAGUUAGAAGAACGAGGGCCGGUGGAGGAGAGAGGCGCUAGAUCGUGUAGCAGCUCUGAAGACGAAGCAGAUCCUACAACAGAACCACACACCAAGGAAGAGCCAAGAGGAAAUCCCAAAACCAAGGGCUCGCCUUCAAAGAAAUACAACGGAGUGAAGGAGAAGAAUAAAAGCGGGCGUUCGGGAUUCUGGGAGAUCCCGGAAAAAAGAGCCAAAACGUCCACCGCGCUUGAAGAAAGGUCGCCCAGCUGCCGUACCAAAGGUCAGAAAGACGUGUGGUCCAGUAUCCAAGUUCAGUGGCCCAAGAAGACCCUAAAAGAGCUGUUUUCAGACUCUGAUACCGAGGCGGCCAACUCUCCUCCGCCCGCCGUGACGGCCCCGGACGAGUCCUGCGUGGAGCUGUCCCGGGACGAGGAGAUCGGCGAGGACAAGCUGCAGGAGCAUCCCAGCAGCGGCACCAACUCGGUCCUCAACACGCCCCCGACGACGCCCGAGUCGCCCGCCGAGGUCCGAGCGCCGUCUCCGCCCGCGCUGCCCGCCAGCCCUCCGCCCGCCCCGUCGCCCGCGGGAGCGCUGACGGAGGAGCAGGCGGGCGGCCGCAGCGAGUCCGACAGCAGCACGGUGGAGGUGGAGAGUUUGGGCGGAGAGAUCCAGGAGAUUCCUCCAGAGGAGGGGGCGGGCUCCCCUUCCAAGGCCUUCGAUGGAAACCUGUCAUGCAACAGUAACAGUAACUGUAGCCUGACGCUGAGCAGCUGCAGCCAGCAGGAGAACGAGCAGAAGAAUAAAGCCUCAUCCAGUCAGAAGCGGCCCAAGGAGUCUCAAGGCGGUGGAGCGUCAAAGAAACACAAGCGCAGUCAUAAAAACCUGAGCUUACAUCCCAAGAAGAACCGCAAACCAGCUCACAGCAGUGACAGCGAGGACCAGUGUAUGAGCGAGAGCACUGCCAAAUCUCCCACGACCAAGAGCAGCAGCGAGCUGAAGACCUCAGGCCACAAGUACCAGAAACACGGCGAUCCGGAGCACUCCCACGGCCGGAGCAGGUGGAGCUUCCAGAUGUCGGACCUGGAGAAGAUGAACAGUCUGGAGCGGAUAGCGUUCCUUCAGGAAAAACUGCAGGACAUCAGGAAUCACUACCUCCUGCUCAAAUCUGAGGUGGCCUCCAUCGACCGGAGACGCAAGCGCAUGAAGAAGAAAGAGAGAGAGAGCGCAGCAGCGGCCUCUUCCUCGUCCUCAUCCUCGCCGUCCUCCAGCUCUCUGACGGCGGCGGUCAUGCUGACUCUGGCCGAGCCCACGGUGUCCGGUGCGCCGCAGACCUCGGGGCUGUCCGUGGAGUGCAGGUGACAGCAGCGGGACGCCGGCGGCGAGCACAGAGCACUUAACCAGCACCCCCAGAGACACGGCGGCGGGACGAAACCAUAGCCACCAGACAGCAACAAGCACUAUUUUAUAUCGACAACUGUUUCCUUGGCAAGCUAAUCGCACUCAAGUGCACUUUUUUUCUGAGAGUCGUGGGUGGGUUCGGGUUUGACAACGAGACAAAGACUAUUUCCGUUCGUUCGUGCGUUCGUUUUACAAACCGAUCCCAUCUUUUUUGACCGUUUGAUUCUGUCUUUUGGAUAUGAAUUCAUCUACAGUGAGAGAACGCUGUAAAGCCCCCUCGGAUCCACCGCUAGCACGUCGCUCCCGGGCCGGAGCCGCUCCAGAGAGAUCCGCUGGCGGUGCCUUACGCUUCGGGCACUCGUGAGGAAUGCUGGGAAACGCUCAGUGCUGGCUGACCUGUGUGUGUUUCGUAACAGAGCCCAAACAGAACGCCUGCUUUUCUUUUCUUUUCUUUUUAAUCAUAACACGAAUUUAGGAGUCUGUCCAGGUCAUAUUUUACCCUAAAGUUGUUAUAUUUUUUUUUUUGUUUACAUAAUGUGUGUGUGUGUGUGUGUAUUAACCAUGUAUGUAUAUAUAUAUAUAUGUA